AUGCAGAAACAAAAAUUGAAGGGCUUGAAGAUCCUAUGGAAAUUCACUUUCAACUUGAUCCCCAAGCCUGACCGUGUUCCCGGAAUCGGAUCCCCCGGUCGAUCAGCCUGGGGCCGUGGGAGGUCGAGGUGUACUGGACCCGGUGAGGCCCGUGCCCAGGAAAAUAGAACUCACCUCACUGGUCACCGGACUCAGCCACAGGAAACCACCCAACCAACGACUUCAUCAGACUCAACAAGCAAAGCAAACAACUACACAAACCAAGCCAAACUGUCAAAGAUGGUUCUCAACAACUUGACUGCCAACUGGGCUAGCCUAUCCAGGAAGUCCUUCACCUUACCAACCACAGUGGCGGCAUGUCCCAAGGGGAUCCCGAUCGCACCCCGAGUCAAUCUCGCCGCUCGAUCUGCCCAUGACGCUCAUGGCGAACAUCAUGAUGAGGCCCAUGGUCCGUCGAGCAUCAAGGAUCGUCACAACUUUCGCAUCCCUUCCUUUGCCGCCCGAGUCAAUGUGCCCACCUGCUCGAUUGCUCAAUUAUCAUCGCGAACACCAAUCAAUGCCAAUCCGACACUCUCUCACCACCGCCAAUUCGGAACAAGCACUGCGAAAAACAGCAUGAUUCCGAAGAGCUCGGGCUCGGCAAGCUUCCAGGAUACACGAGAAGUACCAAACUACAGCAGCUACAAGACGGUCUCUGAAGAUAGCGGACGAGUGUUCUCAUACCUGAUGGUGGGCUCGAUGGGCUUAGUGACUGCAUCGGGGGCGAAGUCGUUAGUGUCGGACUUCUUGACGAACCUAUCGGCCUCGGCGGAUGUGUUGGCGCUGGCCAAGGUGGAGAUCGACCUUGCGAAUAUCCCCGAGGGGAAGAACGUGAUCAUCAAGUGGCGUGGAAAGCCGGUGUUCAUCCGUCAUCGUACGCCGGCUGAAAUCGACGAGGCUAACUCGGUCGAUAUCUCCUCCUUGAGAGACCCCCAAGCUGACUCUGACCGAGCCAAACGUCCCGAGUGGCUCGUCAUGUUGGGCGUCUGUACUCAUCUCGGUUGUGUGCCGAUCGGUGAGGCUGGUGAUUUCGGCGGAUGGUAUUGUCCUUGCCACGGAUCUCACUACGACAUCAGUGGUAGAGCUCGUCGAGGGCCUGCUCCCUUGAACUUGGAAGUACCGGCCUACGACUUCAACGAUGAAGAGGGAAAGCUGAUAAUCGGAUAG